UUUUUUAUCUUCUUUGUAUUUGCGCCUAAAGAGACAGUUGAACGAGACAGGCGCGAACAUGUAGCCUAGGCGAUGCGUUGAUAGUCUCAACAUUUGUACUUGAUAAACAGUUUAAGUAAAUUGUCAUGAGAAAAACUGAAGAAAACCUGGAUGAUGUAACGUCAUGCAGUGCUAUUCUGAUAAUAAGAUGCGAGGCGAGACUGGUGAGCGCAGUGGGAGAAACCAGAAUUGAAACCUGCGGUGCGCCAGUGAAGGUGAACUGUUCAGUGAAUAGGUGAGCGGUCUGAUGGAGAGCCCGUCUUCUACGACCAGGCGUCAGGCCUGGGUCCAGACCAGUCGACAGUGGCUAACCCUGGAAGAACUAGAUCCACAGGUACCAGGACCAUACAUCCACCCCUCUGCCCACCCAUCUACCCUACAACGGCCAGGAUAUACCCAUCCUUCGGCCCCACCUGGACCACCGUACACCUAUCCCUCUGAUCAACACCAGUCUGCAUCAGAGGAUGACGUCUUCUCAGAUGGAUGCUCCGCAGGAAAGAUUAAGAGCUGGCUUCUGGGCUGUGGGCUGAAGACUGGCGCAGAGAACUCUAGCAAUCAUCUGACUGUUGAGUCUCUGCUGAAAGCGAACAGUUUUGAAGAUGACCUGAGUCUGGGUGCCGAUGCUACAGCAUUAAAUGUCGAAGGAGUCUCAGAACUGAGGGUGCUGCUUCCGCCACCCGAACAUCUUCACAGAGGUGGAGUCACCACCAGUACUCCCCGUCAGAGGCUGGCUCUGCCCUUACUCCACCUCGGUUACAGUAUUGCCUCCAGUGGCUUCUCCAACAGCACCAGUAAGGCAUCAAGUGUGUCUGAGGUGCUGAAACUGUGUGCAGAGGAUGCAGAGGAGACUCUGUACGAGUUGGGGUUCGGAUGUGACGUGCCUGAGGUUACAGACCGCAUCCCCACCCGUUUCCUCAACUUCCCCUCCCAGCUUCACGGUAUCAACUUCCGCCUCUUCCUCCAGUCCCAACUGAACCGCCUCCGACAGGAGGACCCAGGACUCUCUCUGGCCAGUCGGUUUAGGCAGGUAGAGGUGUUAACAGCCAUGGCCAAUGCCUUCUACCCCCUCUACUCCCAUGUGUCCCGCAUGCCCCUUCAGAAGCUCUCCCCUCCCGAGCUCAGCUUCUCCCCCACCGCCGACAAGCAGACUGGACGGCGCUGCAUGGGAAGCGUUCGCAGCGAACCGAGGUCUCCAGUGGAGCGACUCAAGGACACGGUUUCUAAGAUGUGCCUGUAUACUAGCUCUGGUGGUUCCACCCAGCCAGGCUCGAACUCUGCCUGCCACGGUCUGGGAUUUUCUUUCGGACCUGGGUCUGGGUUGUCCCCCAAGAAGAGAAGCAGCCUGCCUGACUUGGUGGGACUGGUCCUGGAGAAUGCCAAGGCAGAGGCUGUAUCCAGAGACACGGAGRAGGAUAAUCAGGAUACAGGGGACAGUAAUGGGACGAGUGCUGCUGUGGACACGAGUACUAUGGUGAAGGAUAGAGAGACAGAGGCACAAGGACACAUAGACACAGUCAGUGACAAGGAGAUGGAGCAGGGUUUGUUAUCAGAUGUACAGGAUAUGGACACAGGGCAUAGUAGUUUGAUUAGUUCUGUGGAGCCACAUCUGGUCAAGGACAGAGCGACAGAGACACAGGGACAUGGAGACACAGUCAGAGGCAAGGGGUUGGACCAGGGAUUGUCAUCAGAUGGGGAUGGGGCUGAUUUAGAGAGAGACACCGACGGAAUUCCAAAUCUUCGAGCAUCAUCACUUUCAGAAUCAGGUCAGCGAGAACCCAGUAGUAGAACGAAGCUGGACUUUUGCCUUACCACGCCAAGUCCUACUUGUGAGGUUGGAGAAACUCAAAACACAAUUCAUCCCACAGACUGGGCAGCGGUGGUGGCACCACCGGUUGCCAAGGUUACCCAUGACGUCAUAUGUCCUCAGGUCGUUGAGAGUGUGCACCAGGCACUCUACAGCAGUCAACUACAACAGUGGAAUAAUAACACGCAGAUGGCGAACCUUUUGUCGUCUGUUGUGUCCUGUGAGAAUGUCAGAUCUGACCGGUCCUUCACCACAUCAGACACACUACACGAACCCAGGGAGGAGAAGUGUUUGACUACCAAUAACUCAGCCAAGAGUUUAAAGGUUGUCAUAACUCCCAUUCCAAAGGCUGAGCCCGAGGGGGACUCCCGUUUGGGAGAAACUGGGACACUGGUGGAGUCAACGUUCGUGCCCAUAAAGCUCCCUAGUGGAAAGACGUCCCCUUGUCUAAUCACUGUAACUGAUGUGGCUUGUAGUUUUAGUUCUGCAGACACACCGGAGAUGGUUCUCACUCCCAGUGGUGGUACCACUGAGGUGCCUACAGCAGCCCAGUAUUAUCCAGGUGUAUGGGAGAACAAGUGGUGCCUGAGUCCUCUGAAACCGACACCAAUCCAGGUCCAAGGGGAGGCCUCCCACAGUCUUCAACAGGCCAACUCCUUUGAGCUAGAGGAGGUACAUAGUGCAGGGGAGGAAGACUUUGGACAGCAAGAAACCGUACGGUCAGCGUCUUUGUCACUGUCUACUGUCAAUCAAAACACAGGUCUGGUGGUUCGAGGGGACAGCAUGCAGUCGGACAGUAGUGGCUACGCUGAUGAAGACGUCUACUCCACUGACAGAGACAAGAGCUGACAGACCAAUAACGGUUGAGUUCCUGCCUGACUCGACGCGCAGGCAUCGCAUUGCGUCAACCAAUGGGCAGUGCUAUGUCAUCGACUGUGCAGUCGGGCAUCAGAUUGCUAUAUCAUACGAUGUGGUUAGGUGAUAUGUUAAAUACCUACCAGGGCGUUGUGGUCGGGCAGGAACUUGACCAAGGCCCUCUGGGAACUAGACUCGGGGAACUCUUGAGUAUUAUUUGUAUGAGUCACACAGAACACAUGUUCAUCCACUGUAGGUAUAUUCAACAGAUACUGAUUGUUUGAUUAUGAAGUAUGAAGAGAUUUGGCUCUCUGUUCAUGUUAGCGUCAAUGACAUUAUGAAUCAGGUGGGAUCAGUCGGUGCAUUCUGAAUGCUGCCACUCCUAUGCGACACCAGUCCUUUGACUGAGUGCAGACAGAGUUGCGUAAUCUGAGAGAAAGCAUUGCCCUGGAGGUAUAGUCCACACAUACUGUUUAAUUGUGGAGAGAUUGUCCUAUCUCCAUGUAUAGUGUUCCUGUUGGUGACAAUCAUUAAAUCGAUGUUGUCACACCCUGAUCUGUUUCACCCGUCUUUGUGCUUGUCUUAACCCCCCUCCAGGUGUCGCCCAUCUUCCUCAU